CUGUCUCCAUUCAACAAUAACAAGAGCUUCAACAAUAACAAGAGCUUCAACGACAACAAGAGCUUCAACGACAACAAAAGCCUCGACGACAACAAAAGCCUCGACGACAACAAAAGCAUCGACGACAACAAAAGCCUCGACGACAACAAAAGCCACGACGACAACAAAAGCCUCGACGACAACAAAAGCAUCGACGACAACAAAAGCCUCGACGACAACAAAAGCCUCGACGACAACAAAAGCCUCGACGACAACAAAAGCCUCGACGACAACAAAAAGCCUCGACGACAACAAAAGCCUCGACAACAAAAGCCUCGACGACAACAAAAGCCUCGACGACAACAAAAGCCUCGACGACAACAAAAGCCUCGACGACAACAAAAGCCUCGACGACAACAAAAGCCUCGACGACAACAAAAGCCUGGAGGAUAA